UCUAGAAUCCUCAAGUAGUGGUGGCACGGCGAACCAACCAUGGGAUCGGUGGAGGAGAUCCAGCAGCCGUUGCUGCUCGGAUUUGACACGCAUUCUCAGCUUGCUGAUUUGUCAUCCCCUGCUGUUGAAGAGUUUCUAGGGCACCGGCCAGUGUCACUCCGAUGGUGGCCUAGGCUGGUGGUUUGGGAGUCAAGACUCCUAUGGAUUUUAUCUGGUUCAUCUAUUAUUGUUUCCGUAUUCAACUAUAUGCUCAGCUUUGUCACCCUCAUGUUUUGUGGGCAUUUGAGUGCCUUGGAGCUUGCCGGAGCCUCUAUCGCUAGUGUGGGAAUUCAGGGUCUGGCUUAUGGGAUUAUGUUGGGAAUGGCAAGUGCUGUGCAAACUGUGUGUGGGCAAGCAUAUGGGGCCAAGCAAUUGCCAGCAAUGGGAAUCAUAUGCCAAAGAGCAAUCAUCUUGCACUUGGGAGCAGCAAUCCUCCUCUCAUUUGUGUAUUGGUGGUCAGGUCCUAUCCUCGUAGCCAUUGGGCAAUCAGAAGAAAUAGCAGAGCAAGGCCAAAUCUUUGCAAGAGGAAUUAUUCCUCAGCUUUUUGCAUUUGCCAUAAACUGCCCCCAGCAGAGGUUCCUUCAAGCUCAAAACAUAGUCAACCCCUUGGCUUACAUGUCGGUUGGAGUUUUCAUCCUUCACAUUCUUCUCAAUUGGGUGGUGGUUUUUGUUGCGGAUUAUGGCCUAACUGGGGCUGCUCUUACACUAAGCUUCUCUUGGUGGCUUCUUGUCAUUAUAUAUGGGCUUUACAUUCUUUUGAGUCCCAAGUGCAAGGAGACUUGGACCGGCUUCUCUUGGAAAGCCUUCAAAGGGAUGUGGCCUUAUUUCAAGUUGACUGUUGCCUCUGCUAUUAUGCUCUGUUUGGAGAUAUGGUACAACCAAGGGCUAACACUAAUAUCAGGGCUCCUCCCCAACCCUACAAUCUCACUAGACUCCAUUUCUAUUUGCAUGAACUACUGGAACUUCAGUUUGCAAUUUAUGUUGGGCCUAAGCGCAGCGGCCAGUGUCCGAGUCAGUAACGAGUUAGGGGCUGGUCAUCCAAGGGUGGCGAAAUUUUCAGUGUUUGUAGUGAACGGAACUAGCAUCCUGAUUAGUAUAAUCUUCAGUGCGAUUAUAUUAAUAUUCCGAGUUGGACUUAGCAAGCUAUUUACAAGUGAUGCUGAUGUUGUUGAGGCGGUGUUGGAUUUAACUCCAUUGCUAGUUGUUUCCGUUUUCUUGAAUGGCAUUCAACCAAUACUCUCAGGUGUGGCAAUUGGAAGCGGAUGGCAAGAUGUCGUGGCUUAUGUCAACCUCGUUUGUUACUAUAUAAUUGGUUUUCCAGUUGGAUGUCUUCUUGGCUUCAAAGCUAGUAUGGGAGUCGCGGGGAUUUGGUGGGGAAUGCUUAUCGGAGUUUUUUUACAAACAGUAGUUCUAAUUGUUCUCACUGCCAGAACAAAUUGGGAUGCCGAGGUUCUAAAAGCCGCUGAUCGCUUGGACAAGUCUGCAAAUGAAGAAAACACAGACUUGGUGGUCUCCGAGCGCGUAAGCCCAAGGCCAUGA